AUGUUCCACUGCAUUCAAGUUAACUACAUCACACCCACCUGGAGAUCCAGAACAGGAAGAAGCCUUCUGGAGUUGGUCAGAGACAAAGCAGUGACCAAUGAAGCACUCAAGGCGUGUUUGGGAGACGAUGAAGACAAAACCUUGGAUGAGAUUAUUGAAGAAAUCCGUGAUGGAGACUUUAACCAAGUUAAUAAUGAGUUGUUGGCCGAGAUCAGAGGUAUUGUGUCAUCAGUUCAAGCUGCUCUUAUGUCCGCCAGUUCAGGAUCAGAGCUGACUGGCCUGAGAAAAGUCUUGCUGACUCUUUGCCGGGCAGCAGAAAAAACUCACUUCAGACCACGACUGACCCAGAUGGUGAGCUGGUGCCUCAUGGCUCCUUCCAAAACGGGACGCCUCAUUCAGGUCGGCACUGGAGAGGGGAAGUCCUGCAUUGUGGCCAUGUUUGCAGCCUUUCGAGCUCUGAGAGGAGAAAAGGUCGACAUCAUGUCCAGCUCAUCUGUUCUAGCAGAGAGAGACAUGAGAGAAUGGAAGGAUUUUUAUGAUGUUUUAAAGAUCAGCGUGGACUGCAACAUCAACAAGCAAGACGAAGACUCAAAAAAGUGCUAUGAGAGCCAGAUUGUUUAUGGUACUGCAGAGCAGUUUUCUGGAGACUGGCUGAAACACCAUGUUCUUAGGAAGGACAUAUUUGGCCAGAGGACAUUCCAGUGUGCAAUAGUGGAUGAGGUGGAUUCCUUGAUGUUGGACAAAGGUCAUCAUGUUCUCUACUUAAGCAGUGACAUGCCUGCUCUGAAGCACCUCAAUCCUCUCCUGGCACUAAUAUGGGCCACUGCCAACCAGUACAGCAAAUUAUGGUUAGGUCAAGUUCUAUUAGAACAGAUUAAGCAGGAAGGUUUGGAUGAGUCGACUGUUCUUCUACGGUAUCUUGUACUGAAAGCUGUAGAAAAGGAAGUAAGGCGUUUUCUGCAUUUCACACCAUGUGAGCUGAACAAGUCGGAAGGAAGCUGCUACAUCCCGAGUUUCCUUUCAGAUCUUGUAGAAUCUAAACUAAAGGUCUGGAUAAAAAAUGCAUUCCGUGCGCAAACCAUGGAAAGAGAUGAAGAAUAUGUCUUAGAAAGUCAUGGUAUUGUACCUGUGGACUACAGCUCUACAGGUGUUGUGCAAAACUUCAUGACAUGGAGUGAUGGUCUACAGCAGUUUCUGGAGAUGAAACAUCAGUCAAAGUUGAGUGAUAUGAACAUCAUCACCAACUACAUGUCCAAUGUUGGUUUGCUUCAAAAGUACAAAAGUCAAAUUUAUGGACUGUCUGGGACUCUUGGGCAACAAGCAGAGAUUGACACCAUGAAGAAAAUAUGUGAAGGUAUCACCAUCUGCCAAAUCCCUUCAUACAAGCGCAGGAAGCUGUUUGAGGUUCAAGGAGUUAUUAUGAAGGAUGAGAAAGAAUGGAUGAAGAAAAUUUGUGAUGUUGUUACUGAACAAACCAAUUCCACCAACUACAGAGCUGGUAGAGCUGUCCUGGUCAUCUGUCAGACCAUAAAACAAGCAAAAAUGAUCCACAGAGCUUUUGGGAGACAAGUAAACAAAAUGCUUUACAUCAACAACAACAUGGACAAUACUGCAAUAUCUAAGAUCCUCAAAGAAGGUGAUGUCAUCAUAGCCACGAAUCUGGCUGGUCGCGGAACAGACCUCAAGAUUUCUGACGCAGUCAAAAAAGCUGGAGGUUUGUUUGUUUUGCAAACCUUUCUGCCAAAGAACGCUCGUGUGGAGGCCCAGGCCUUCGGUCGGGCUGGGAGACAAGGAGCACCAGGAUCUGGUCAGCUCAUUGUACACUUCCGACAAUUACCUCCAACGUUGUCUGAAAACUCUUAUUUACAUAUGAUGAUGGCUAAAAACACCAGAAAUGCCUUGGCUGCAGAAGAAUUACUUGCCUACAUGAACAUCCACAUCCCAAAGAUAAAAAAAGAGGAAAGGCUCUUCAAUGUGUAUCUAGAAAAACAAAAUCUGCUGUACAAACGUGCUAACGAUAAACCUUUAGCAACACAUGUAUCUGCACUUGAUGAGUUUUGGGGAAUCUGGCUUCUCACAAAAGUCAAUGAAACAGAUUCUAUUGAAACAUUGACGGCUCUUCUGAAAGGAGAUCUGGACAAAGCCUUAGAAAGACUGAAGCAAAAUCAGAGCCCCUUGUCAAACCUCCACCACUACACACUCCAUGGCAAGUACCUACAAACACUGGGAAAGCUUUCAGAAAGUAUCCAGAUGUACACUAGAGCCAUAAAACAGGACCACUGCUGGGCAGCCGUUGCAUAUUAUAAUCGGGCUUUUGCAUCUUUGACUGAGCAGAACCGUAACCAGAAACCUGACUGCCUCAAUCGGGCUUUGGAAGAUUUACAAAACGCACUUCAGUCUGUCGAGCUUUACUGUGAACAACUUGAAGUCACACGGAGUCACGUCACCCAACAAACCCCAGUCUCUAGAAGAACAGACGACAGAUUUGAGAAGCAUUCAAAGGCCAGAAUCCGAGUUCUAGUUCUUUUGAAAGCAAACAUCAAGGAAGCACUGCAGAAGGUCGACCGAGCGGUGCAGAGAGGCGGCUUUGUUAAAGUAGAGGAGAAACUAGUCUGCUUCCUUAUGUCGCCAAGAGAUUUUCUUCCUUCAUCAGCCAUCUUGAUGAAAGCAGCCUGGCGUUCCAGAGACCUUUUUAAGAUCUACCAGCUCCUCAGCGAACCCUCCUUUGAUAUAGUCAAUGAACUAGAGAGUCUUUAUCAAAUCGGCCUGACUCAUGUUUACGAGUUAGACACACUGUUCUCCCUGGGAGGAUUUCUUUCAAAGAUUUUUUCACUUACAUAA